UCUCGUUUCUUUCCUCUUCCCCUCUCCAUUUUUGCGUGGAAAAAUAAAUUAGAAAAAAAUCGAGAAGAGAGAGAGGGAGGGAGCUUGGAGCCCUAGCAGCAAUGGCGGGGUGGUGCGAGGAGGCGGUGGCGCUGCUGCGGCGCCCCGCGGUGGCGGAGAUGGCGGUUGACGUGCUGCUCUGCGCGGUGCCGAUCUGGGCGGCGGUCAUGAUCGGGCUCGUCGUCGGCUGGUCCUGGCGCCCGCGCUGGACGGGGCUGCUCUUCCUCGGCCUCCGCAGCCGCCUCCGCAUCCUCUGGGUGCCCCCUGGGCUCGGCGCGCGGAGGCUCUGGCUCGCCUGCACCGCGCUCUCCGCCUGCUCCGUCGCGCCCAGGCUGCUCUCCUCCGCCUUCCGCCGCUGCAGAGGCAAGCACCAGGACAAAGUCUCCCCUGAGGAUUCGGCUGCCUCUGACGUCGCCGGGAACGCUGGCGCUUGCGCCGAUGGCAGGACAAUUUUUGAGUGCGAGCAUGAUAUUGUCACUGAGAAGGACCUAGAGCAUCUCCUGCAACUUUUAGAUAACAAGGAGAGUGGGGAUACAACAUGGCAGCAUUUAAUGGAGCGCACAACUUCCAACAUGACCUACAAGGCCUGGCGGCGUGAACCUGAGGUGGGACCUAUAAUGUAUUGCAGCCGCACUAUUUUUGAGGAUGCUACUCCUGAACUGGUUAGAGAUUUCUUCUGGGAUGGUGAUUUUCGUCUAAAGUGGGAUCCCAUGCUCGCGUACUCUAAAACUUUGGAUGAGUUCCCUCAGAAUGGAACCACGAUUGUUCACUGGAUAAAAAAGUUCCCAUUCUUUUGCAGUGAUCGUGAAUACAUCUUUGGAGGGCGCAUAUGGGAAUCUGGGAAGACUUACUAUUGUGUUACAAAGGGCGUUCCUUAUCCACCUUUGCCCAAGAAGGAAAAACCAAGGCGUGUGGAGUUGUACUUCUCAAGUUGGCGUAUUAGAGCUGUUCCAUCGCCCAAACAAGGUGGCCAGCAAUCUGCAUGUGAAGUAACUUUGGUCCACCAUGAGGAUAUGGGCAUACCAAAAGAUGUUGCCAAGGUUGGCGUCCGGCAUGGCAUGUGGGGCGCUGUAAAGAAGCUGCAGUCCGGAUUUAGAGCAUAUCAGCAAAUGAGAGAAACAGAAGACACCCUGUCGCACAGCGCCAUCAUGGCCCGAGCGACCACCAAGAUAUCUAUUGCUGGUUCACAUGGUCCCUUGGAUCAAGAACUCUGCAGCGCAGAUAAAAUCAGCGAUGUGGAUGAUGGCUCCAGGGCAGUUCAACACGGUUUCGACUGGAAAUGGGUGAUGGUUGGUGGCGCAGUGGCCGCGGUCUGUGUGCUCAACACGGGCCUGGUUGGGAAGGUCCUGUUGCUUGGAGCAGCAAGAAGGCAGGCAACGAAAUGAUGCCAUGGGCACCUUUCAGCCUCCGCAGAAGGCAUCGAGCCGGUAGCUGUAACCGUACAGGCGAAACAUAAUAAGAAAUGGAUGUGGUUCGACGAGAGGAAGGUAAUUACAGUGCGUAAUUUUGGAUCGCGCGUUUAUGCAGUAAGUAGUUCACGUGCGUGUUGCCAUAACAGAUUCCGUGGUAUCGGAAUCGCUGCUGGAUAAUGUAUCUGAAGAUCCAAGAGGUUAUUAAAAGAUUUUACUACUA